GCGAGACGCACACACUGCUAGCUACCUCUCUUUCCUUUUCUUUCUUUCUUUUUUCGCAUGAUAAUCACAGAGAGGGAGAGAGGGAAGGUAGAGAGAAAAUAAAGAAUACAGAGAGAGAGGAGACAGAUCAAAAGACGAAUUUGACCUCAAUUUCUCUGUUCUUGCUUUCCUGCUGCUUCUUUGUUUCUUCUCUCUCUCAUUCACCCGAUUUCAGGUUUGGUAUUUGGUUGGUACGGUCGCCAUGAACGAGAAGGCUAACGUCUCUAAAGAGCUUAAUGCUAAACACAGAAAGAUUUUGGAAGGUCUCCUUAAAUUGCCUGAGAAUAGAGAAUGUGCCGACUGCAAAGCCAAAGGUCCAAGAUGGGCAAGUGUGAAUUUAGGUAUCUUUAUAUGCAUGCAAUGUUCAGGGAUCCACAGAAGUCUUGGUGUGCACAUAUCAAAGGUUCGAUCUGCAACCCUUGAUACAUGGCUUCCGGAGCAGGUUGCAUUUAUUCAAUCAAUGGGAAAUGAGAAGGCAAACAGUUACUGGGAAGCGGAGCUACCACCCAACUAUGAUAGAGUUGGGAUAGAGAAUUUCAUUCGUGCCAAGUAUGAAGAGAAGAGAUGGGUCCCCAGAGAUGGAAAACUAAAAUCCCCUCCUAGGGGGCAUGAUGAAAGAUCUUCUGGUCAUUGGCAGAGACCCAGUGAAAGAACUGGGCAUCAGCGUGCCAGCAGUUCUGAAAAUAUGUUUGAUGAGAAAAAGAAUGCUCAACCACAAAGUUCAAAAGACAGUGUUCCUGUUGCAAGCAUUAGCAGUCCCGUUCCUCCCAAGGGAACUGAGCAGGUCAUCCCUCCUCCAAAACCUCAACAGGUUAUUCAGAAAAUUGAAUCUAAAGGGAAGCCAACUGAAUCAACAUCAAAUGUUGCAACUGCUGUGCUUGCUGCUUCUGCACCGAAAGUUGAUUAUGCUACUGACCUUUUCAACAUGUUAUCUGUCGAUGGUUCAAGUGAAAAUGGUUCAGAGGCAGCUUCCAAUGAUGAUAAUGGAUGGGCAGGGUUUCAAUCUGCUGAAGAAGCACCAACAGACAAAACUUCUACCACCACAGUAGCAGAGAAUAAUACCAAUUCUACUUCUGGAAUUGAGGAUUUUUUUAAAGAUUCUCCAUCAUUAACAAAUCCUUCUGUGACAGAGAAUCCCCAAAAGGAUGUAAAAAAUGAUAUUAUGAGCCUCUUUGAGAAGUCCAAUAUGGUAUCCCCAUUUGCAAUGCAUCAACAGCAACUUGCCAUGCUAGCACAGCAGCAAUCCCUUGUCAUUGCCACAGCAGCAAAAUCAGGUGGUGCAGUUCCUGGCAUUAUUCAACAUCCUGGAUCCAAUGGUAUUAACUUGCCUGCUCAAAAUUGGCCAAAUGUUGGAUACCAAAUUCCUGGACUAGUGAUGCCAGUAGCUGGGCAAGGGGACCCACGGAAACUCAUGCAGACCGGUAACACUGGACUCGCAAAUUUAGCGGGAAGCUCUGCACCAUACUCAGCAUCUAGCUUUUAUACCAUGGGGCAGGUUACCCCUGAUAAUGGUGCGGUAACAGCUGGAGUUAAUAAACCUCAAUCAGGAGCUCCAGUUUCAUCAGGGAAGUCAUCACAAUCUGGAAAGGAAUAUGAUUUCUCAUCUUUAACACAAGGCAUGUUCUCAAAGCACUGAAUUUUCGGAUGGAGUGACAAUGAUGGCCUUUUUAUACCAAAUACCAUGAUGACACCUGAAAAAAGUUUUCCUCCUGUACUGGCGAUUGUAAACUAUUUUGUAGAGGCAGUUCCAGUUUUUCUAUUCACAUUUGAAUGAUGGCUCAUUAGUCCGAAUAGAUGUAUUUAGUGUAAUAAAGAUGGGUUUUAGAUUGAUCUCACAAUUCUAGGCGUAUAGUUACCUUCUCGAAUCUUUCUUAUCUUCAAACAAAACAUAAGUAUUCUAUACGAGUCUGUAUCUUCAAAAUUUAGAACUGAAAGUGUUUUUAUAUAUUGGUUUAUUGGUUUCCUUUAA